AGAUGGGCGAGGAAGGGGCAUGCCAGUUCUCUGAUGGCUGGCUCCACAGGUUCAAGGUUCGUUACGGCAUAAGGAAGCUGGACAUCUCGGGAGAAUCAAAAUCUGCCAACUUACCCUCGGCUGAAGAGUUUGUUGACAGGUUUGCGAAGAUAGUUGAGGAGCAUAACCUGAUGUCUGAGCAGAUUUACAACGCCGACGAGACUGGCUUGUUCUACCGCUGUCUGCCAAGAACCACACUUGCAAGCGAGUCCGGGGGAGACGUGAAGGGAUUCAAACAGAGCAAGGACAGGCUGACAGUUCUGUGCUGCACUAACAUGGCUGGUACGCACAAAAUCAAGUUGUGCAUGGUUGGCAAGCACAAGAAGCCGUGCUGUUUUAAGAACGUGAAUUACCUGCCUGUCGAUUAUCAUAACCAACGAAGUGCUUGGAUGACAGCUGAAAUUUUCCUUGACUGGUUCAAGCAUUGUUUUGUGCCAUCUGUCAAGGAAAAUCUGAAGAAAAAUGGUCUACCAGAGGACAGUAAGGUAGUUUUAUUAUUAGAUAAUUGUAGAGCUCAUCCACCAGCAGAGGAACUUGUUGUGGGAAAUAUUUUUCCUGUGUAUUUGCCCCCUAAUGUCACAAGUGUUAUUCAACCCAUGGAUCAGGGAGUCAUUCAAAUUUUUAAGAUGAGCUAUCGUAAGAGUUUCCUUCGCAAACUUGUUAAUUAUGAGGACGGCACAAUCCCCGAGUUCCAAAAACAGUUUAAUGUUAAGGAUGCGAUAUUCAUGGCUUCACUUGCUUGGCUAGACGUUAAAAGGCAAACAUUGAUGCGAUGUUGGCGAAAAUUGUACCCUUUGAUGAUGUGUGAUGAUGAGGAUGAUGAGGAGUUUGAAGGGUUUGUAGGUGGCAUGAAAAAUUCGGAGGUGAGCGAGCUGAGGGAAAUGGGGGGAAAUGUGCAACUGAAAGUGACAGAUGAAGCGUUACAGGAAUGGGUGGAUGUGGACGAAAAUCAGGCUGUAACAUUCACUCUCACAGACGAGGAACUUAUCAACGCUGUAGUAGAUCAUUUAGAGAAAAUUAGUGAUGAUAGUGAUGAUGAUGAGUGAUUAUGAUGAUGAUGAUGCAGUGUUGUCUGUUGCUGUUGUGCUUUGUCUGUUGUGACUUGCUGUUGGGAUUUUGAAAUACAGUUUGCUUUCCUACU